GGGGAAAUGGCGGAUGUAGAGUCUAUACCGGCUAACACAUUGACAGCGCAAAAUGAAGCAUCUGAACUGCAACAUAAGAUAACGGCACUGGCAACGGAGCUUGAACAAGAGAGAGCAGCACGUCACAAAGCAGAGAAGGAGAAAUUGGAUACCGAGAAGGAACUGAAGAGAAUCAAUGGCGUUGUCGCUAAGUCGAAAGACUCGCGUGCAUUGCAACAGUGCAUGGAAGAAAAUGCAAGGUUGAAGCUCGAGCUAGAAGUACUCAGUGACCAAAAGCUGCAGAAUCAAGCCUUGAAAGAAAACAUCCAUCAAAUAGUCGCUCAAAGUGACCUACAACGCCGGCAACUCGAAGAGAAACUGGCUAGUUUCACAAGCUCCCAAAACUCACAUGGCCAUGAUUCUGCUAAUCCCCCACCACCGUAUUCCGUUAUUCAACCAGCAACUGAAGUUACUGCUGGCUUGGAGAUUCUUCGCGCAGAAGUAAAGGCAUUAGAAACAACAGUACGCGAUUUACGUGCGGAAAAAGCACAUCUGGCGGAAUCUUUGGAGGAUGCUACUAGGGUGGUUAAUGAAUUCAAGGCCCUCGAAGAAAAGCGAAAGGCUGCAGAGGCAAACCAAGGACAUACUGCAGCAAGUGGGGCUCGAUCUUGGUGGAACCGUGGAACUGGAGGAACCGCUAAUAAUUCUGGGGCAGUUCCCGUGGCCACCAAAGUCAACACAUCCUCCGAAACCGCACUGCCUCUUCUGGAAAACAAGGAAGAGCAUAACUCGGUACAUACUGGGGGGGAGGUGAUUCAGUCAACGCCCGGAAACGUACCUGGAUCUACCGCAGCAGCGACUUCCAAAUGGUGGAACAGGGGAGUCACCACAGCUGCGGUGGGACCUGCUCCCGAAAAUUCCAAGGAGAUAGAAAGCCUUCGUACUGAACGCCUGAAAUUGGAAGAGCAGUUAAGUGCGUCGCUGAAGGAGACGGCAGAGAUGCGGGCCCAAAUGGAAGAGUUGCGCAAAAUAUCAGCACAAACAACACUUGCGACAGACCAGACUCAUCUGCUUGAGCAGCGGCUUAAUGCAACCCUAGAGGAAGUUGCAAGCUGGAAGGCUCGGGCGGAAGAAAGUGAGAGCACUCAGAAAGAGCUUUGCCAUCAGCGGGAUAUUUGUGAAAGUCGUGUUAAGGAGCUCGAAGAACAAGUCAAAUCACUUUUGGAUGAGUCCAUUCAAUCGAAAAUACCCACCGAUACGCUGAAGUCGACCACUGACGAGGUUAAACAGGCGACUGCCACCCGAGAAACACAACUGUUGGAGGAGGUAAAAGGCAGUUCAGAAGAUGGCGAAACGGAAACCAGGCAAAGAUCGCAAUUGAGCGAGCAAAUGGAAGUACUGAAUCCCACCGAUGCCGGGGAGGUACCCUUGCAGGAAGUAGGACGAUUGGCAAUGGAGGAGCAGAAUGCAUUACACUUACAUGAUGCACAAACGGGGAAGGACGAGCAGGAAGGUCAAUUACUCAGCCUGCAAACCGCAUUGCAAACGGCACAUCGUGAAAAUGCAGAGUACCGCGAAGCACUCAAGGAACUCGAGAGCACUGUAAAGAAUCUGCGGGACGAAAUGAAUACAUUUCAGUCUACUAUUGAGGACAAGGAGGCCGAAUUGGUCAAAUGCAAGUUGGAAUUGACCCAGUGUCAAAACAAUCUAAAGGAUGCAAAUGCUCGUAUUGCAAGUCUCUCUGGCGUGGUUGACGAUAAAAUCAAGGAACUGGAGGGGAUCAAGCAUGAACACGAGCGCAAAUUGAUUGAGCACACUGCGCAAGCGUCUGACGACGUCAAGCGGGAGGAACUCGAGAGCACUGUAAAGAAUCUGCGGGAAGAAAUGAAUACAUUUCAGUCUACUAUUGAGGACAAGGAGGCCGAAUUGGUCAAGUGCAGAUUGGAAUUGACCCAGUGUCAAAACAAUCUAAACGAUGCAAAUGCUCGUAUUGCAAGUCUCUCUGGCGUGGUUGACGAUAAAAUAAAGGAACUGGAGGAGAUCAAGCAUGAGCACGAGCGCAAAUUGAUUGAGCGCACUGCGCAAGCGUCUGACGACGUCAAGCGGGAGGUGGAAGGUCGCAAAGACGUAGAGAUUGACCUUCUGAAGAAGGAAUUUGAACGCAGACAUAAUGAGGAGUUGAAGAUAGCAGAAGAUGUCUUGAAAACAGAACUCGCAAAAGUCAAGGAAGAGCAUGAGCGUACUAUGCAGGAUUGGAAAAGCAAUUCAGAGGCUUUAAUGAAAUCUAAAGCGGACGAACUAUCUGAUGCAAUAAAAUGCAAGCAGGAACUUGAAGUGGAGGUGGGGCGUCAAAAUAUUCACAAAACUGCAGCAGAUGCGGUUAUAGCGGAAAAAAACGCAGAAAUCGCUCGUUUAACAACCAAAAUCAAUGAAAUGAAAGAAGCAAAUGACACCCAAGUGAAAAGCUUGAAUGCAAAACUCGAGCAGCUCCAAGAAGUAUCUGCCACCGCUGAAAAGAAAGUGGCUUUGGAAGUUGAUGAGAGAGUUAGGAAGCAACGAAUAGAACUUGACGAUAAAGUGAAAAAAGAGCAAAAGGAAAAGCAAAAAAUUUUAAGUGAAUACGAGAAGCACAAGAAGGACUUUGUCGAAAUGCAGAGGAAACUGGAAAGGGAGAUCAUAUCUAAAGGGGAGGAGCUGGGAGGUAGCCUACGCAAAAUCAAGACACUAGAGCAGGAGAUUGCCUCAAUACGCACAGAAAAUGCUAAGUUACAAGACGAACACAAGGCCACUAUUUCGGAUCUUACACGACAAUUGGAGGACAAGCAGAAAGAGCUGACCAAGUUACGAGAAUUUGAGGUGCAUAAUCGGGUUGACGUUGAACCAUUGAAAGAACAGAUCAGCUCUCUUCAAUCACGGCAUGACAUUCUGGUGGCCGAGCUUGAAGUCGCUCGGGGAUCACUCGACCGGGCUGCCAAAUCAUUGCAGGACAAAGAAGAUGGUAACAGGAAGCUGAAGGCGAGGAUUGAUGAGCUCCAAACAAGCGAAGCGACGCUUAAGAAGUCCAUUGCUCGUCUUGAGAAAGAGCGAUGUGAUAUUCAAGCACAAAUUACCCCGUUGAAAGAGCGGAUAGCUUCCUUGGAAGCAGCACGCGAAUCUCAUGUCCAGGAUGUAGAAAACGCUCGAGCAGAUACAGAAGUCCGUCUAAAUGCAAUAGAAACAGAAAAGGCGAGAUUUCAAUCCGAAAACGAGAUUCUGGCGAAGAAGCUAAAGCAAGCUGAGAGUGAAAUGAAGAUUUUGGAGCGGAAGAGUGCACAGAUUGUGAAAGAUCUGCAAAAGCAAUUAUCGAAGGAGCGUAAGCAUCGCGAAUUCCAGGAGGAUAACGUCGAGGGCUUAGUACCUAGCCAGGACGAAAAAUCGCCAUCGACACGAAAUAGUAACAUGGACUUAAGCCGCCCUACAAAACCGGUACCCGUGGGUGAAAGCUUAGGAGUUCCCAAAGUCGAGCGGUUAACAGAUGACUUACUUCAUCUGGCACAAGAAAAUGAAAUGCUGAACAAGCGCACCAAAAGUGCGGAAGAUGAGCUACGGAGUACAAGCGAGCGAUUGCACAAGAUGACUGAAGAAUUGGAACAAAAGUCGAACAUCCUGAGACAAUACAUACUUCGAGACCACGCUCAAAAGCUUCAGCCAGAUGAGAAGCCGAAAGUAGCUCAGACCUUCAAUUUGAAUAUUCUCUCAAGUACAUCAGCAAUGCAGCGAAUGGACCCAGUAGUGCUAGCCCAAAUCAACACGAAAAUGCAGAAAUUACUAGAAGAGCUCACGAGUAAGAUGAUAAUGAUGGAAGGUGCAUUAAAGCAGACAGAGACCAGAUUUACAUAAUAUGGAUUUUGGUGUGGUUGCCUUUUAUUUAUAGUAGGCAUCACCACUCUACCACCAAGUACUAUGUUUAGCCAUAAUAUCAAUUGUAUAUGAAUGUUGCAGA